GUUCUAAAAAAGUUAAAGGAACGGAAUAUUUCCAUCGGCCCUUCGAAAUCCUUUUACGCAUUCCCUUCAAUUAUAAUCCUCGGCCGUAUAAUCGAUUCGUUCGGUCUAAUAACUAUAAAAAAAAAACUAAAAGCUAUUACUAAACUUAAAUUCCCUAAAACGUUAGAAAAUCUCAAAAUAUUUAUUAAGUAA